CAGGGCCCCCGCAGAGGUGAUCCUGCUGCAGCGGGGAGUGGGGGAGACCAGGAACACAUAUAUACAAAAAGAGAGAGAAAAAAAAGAUAGAAAAGUUCUGAUUCCUCUGGAGGACAGGAGCCUCUGACUCGUAUGAUGUCUGUUGUGGGCGCCCAGCCUUUCAUCAAGCCAAUGCAGACUUCACCUUCAGUUUCGCCCGGUAUCCAGCGGAGACACACGCUGCCAGCCAGCGAGGUGCGGCCGCUCAACACUCAGGACGCGAUCAGCGUGUUUGAAAUCGAGAGGGAGGCUUUUAUCUCGGUAUCCGGGGAGUGCCCGCUGCACCUGGAUGAAGUGCGUCAUUUCCUCACAUUGUGUCCGGAGCUGUCGAUGGGCUGGUUUGAAGAGGGCCGCCUGGUGGCGUUCAUCAUCGGAUCUCUGUGGGACCAGGACAGGCUCACCUCAGAUGCACUGACCCUCCACAAGCCCUGCGGCUCCACCGUCCACAUACACGUCCUGGCGGUCCAUCGCACCUUCAGGCAGCAGGGUAAAGGUCCCAUUCUGAUGUGGCGCUACCUGCAGUACCUGCGCUGCCUGCCCAACGUGCGCCGAGCCGUGCUGAUGUGCGAGGACUUCCUCAUCCCCUUCUACCGCAAGUCAGGCUUCAAGGUCCUGGGCCGCUGCGCCAUCACCGUGGCCAACCUCACCUUCACCGAGAUGUGGUACCCGAUCAGCGGCCACGCGUACAUGCGCCGCAACAGUGAGGCCAUCCGGUUCCCCCAGCAUCCGCUGACUCUCCCUUUGACAAAGACUGAUGAGCAAGUUGAUUUAUGACUGUUUUUGGUUGCUGUUGUGUUUUUUUCUGACUGACAUCAGGCACUUGGACCGGGCCGUUCCAAGGUUGUGUGAGGCCGUAAGCAGAGUUUUAUUUGGGGGCUGACUCCUUGUCUUGUAACAUUAUGUAAGAACGUUGAAUUACAUUAGAUUAUAUCAGUAAGCAUCAGUACUUUUCUUUUGCACAGAGCUCUGUACAUUGCAGUGAGGGAAGUCACUGAGGAUUCUGCGUAUUCCUCAGGACUCAGAAUUUAUUUAGAAAUCAACCUCUUAGAACUGGGAUGGAAAUAAUUUGAUCACCUAAUUCUAAAGUUUGACACUGAACUUUAACCUGAGAGGAAAAAAUUGGACAGGGUGAUCAGUUCUUGGACCCUGGUGAUCAGUCGACUUUCCCAGCACCAGACCUCACACAGAAUAAAGAGCAGAACGCUUUACUUGAGAUCCAACCUGUUGCUGGUUCAGCUCUCACUAAAGCUGCCUGAGUCUCUACGGACAUACUAUUCCAACACCCAACUUGUGUUCGAUCAACAUGUUGCACCGAAACUUGAACUUCAUCCAAGCUGAAUGACUGUUGAGUCUCAAAACAAACAGCUUCUCAGUCAGAACAAGGUCGCUCAAAGACUUGUAGGAUGUCCUUGAAUGUCUGGAUGGCAUCAAAUCUGGGUCAUAUUGGAACAGGCUGGCGAACACGAAGGGUUACGCAACUUAAAUAGUUUAACUAGAGGAAGCCCCAAUAAAACUCUUCCAAACUUGGGCAGCCUUAAAACUUUCUGGGCUCUUGGCUGCCUCCUCUGGCCAAACAGGGAAAUAAUAAUGAAUGAAUUUAAGAAAGAAGAACAUAAGCUUACAACAGAACAACUAAGUGAAACGAAGUGUGAAAAAUGAUCAUUUGAGAGCAAAUCAAUACAAAAUCUUUUUAGGGUAGCUUUGGGAAUUUGGGAAACUAUAAUAAAAAAUAUAUAUAAUAAAAUUUUAAGAGGGAUUCUGGAACUAAAGUAUCUAUUUUACUAUGCUAAUCUCCAUCCAGAACUGAUGCAGACUGUUUCAGUAUCAUUGAUAUUUAUGUAUCAAUCUGCCCACCAUUAGUAAACCAAAAGCCUGUUUGUUAUUCCUACUUGCAAAAUCCAGCUAUACUUUAGGCUAGCCCUGUUUGAACUCAAUGUUUUGAAGCUAAAAGUAGGGAAAUAAAUCAAUAUUCUCUGUAGAUUCUUCACAGGUUCAAUUCACAUGUGAUAUUCUGAUUUAUUCUCAAGCUUUUAACUGAAUCCCAUUAACCAGAGAAUUGUAUGGAUUAUUUCACUAUGUACAUAAUAAACCAAGUGUUGACUUGAA